AUGACUUCAAUCCCAAUGGUCGCACCGAUAUUUCCUGCCGGCAAGGAGCCACUACCUCCAGGAAUUUCAGAGGAAGAACGAGAGAACUACCUGCAAGCGAAGAAAUAUCAAGACUAUAUGACUAAGGGUAUGGAAUCCUGCGUAGCGAAAACCAUCAUUGCAGGCGGCGGAGGUUUUGCAAUCGGAGCGUUCUUUUCACUUAUGAGCGCUUCAUUUGCCUAUGAGGAUCCGCUAUUACGGCAGCAGACCGGUAACUUGAGCAGAACGCAGAAGGCUUCGGAGGUGUUCAAAGAGAUGGGGCGCGGUAUGUGGCGAAGUGGGAAAGGGUUCGGAAAAGUCGGCGCACUGUUCGCCGGCAUUGAGUGCGUGAUAGAAUCGUAUCGCGCAAAGAACGACAUGGUGAACCCGAUCGCGGCCGGUUUCGUUGCUGGUGGUGUUCUCGCGCGAAAUGCUGGCCCAAAGGCUGCCUUCGGCGGUGGUGUCGCUUUUGCGGCAUUCUCAGCGGCAAUAGAUCUCUUCUUACGACGAGAAACACCGGACGAGGAUUGACCCCGUCUGUGCAAUAUUUUCAAUAUUUCAGAAUCCAAUUCGCAAUGCGCAUCAUACAUCGCCUGAUGUUACUGUCGAAGCGCGAUGACGAUCACCCAGAACUGAAAGAUCUGCCAACGGAAGUGGCAGUUCGACUCAGCAAGAGAGAGAAAGCUGGAUAUUAUUAUAGGCCCAUAGAUGCAAUCGUGACAUCAUGCAAUUCGCCUUUCUCCCGUCCAGGCAUAAUUUCAAUGCAUAAUAGAAUCAUAGGAUGUGCGGGCAAGUGUCACAGACGAGGCUGCCUACUCAGAUUGUUGACUUGUGCGUGGAAGGUGUACGGUACGGCUACUUACAGUGACACGGCAGACAUGAUGCGAUUUAUCAAUGUGGGAAAUUGUGUGUGAAUGUCGACUGAUUUCUUACACAUGCGACAAAUAUUUGCAACCAUG